AUGUCGCUUUCAAGAUCGUCUUCAUUAUCCCGAUCAUCCCCAUCUCCUAAAACGUCAAUCAUCAUAUCCAACUUCACCAAGGAAGAUUUUGUCAAACCAGAGCCAGGCUCGACCAAACCGAAGCUUGUUUCCAAGACGUUGUCCUUAGUUGACCAGAUUAAAUUAGCGGUAUUGAACAAGGAUGAUCAGGUAUUGAAUCAUAUUACAUAUUGGUCAGUGUUGCCAUUUUUAAACAGGAUAAUCAUCAUAUUCAACAAUGAGCAAAUAGCUAGUCAAACAUUGAAAUAUUUACAAGACACAUUGAAACCUUUUGAUUACCUUAAAGUAUCAUUACAGGAGAACUUAUUACAACGAUCAAAAUCACAAGAUCAAAUACAAGAAAUGAAUUCACCAAAUUCCAACUUGAACGUGACCAAUAGUUUAGCCAAUUUCAGAACUUUCCAUAAUGAUCCAGACAACGAUUCCAACAUUUUGGACUAUGUGGAACCUGCACCAGCCCAAUUCAACGUAUUGUCAGAUUUGUCCAAAUUGGGUAUAGAUUUAAGAGAUUACAACAGUGAUGAGCAAUUGAAUGAAUUGAAAGAGGAUGAAGAGGAACAAGAACGGAGAUCAAAGAGCCCCGGUUCUUUAUCGCCCGUGAUAUCACCAAGACAGGACGACCUCUUGCUGCUGCUGCUGUCGGCACAACUGCCGCCUGUAAUGAGAAGAAGAUCAACAAAGACCUUGUUUAAACCGAGCUUGAGGGUGAAAACUGGUGCUGGUGACAAUAAUAGCCAGACUUCAAAUCAUGGAGUUUUGCAAUCGCCGGCACAAAUCAAACUGACUGACUAUCCACAAUCGCCAACGAUAACUUUGGAUGAAACGUUUUAA